AUGGGCUACAUUCCCCUGACGCUUGCGCUGUCUGCCAUUUGCCUACUCACCGUCUACCUCAUCGGCAAAUAUGGAUCUUACAAACGACAGCGUGCCUCGGUGAGCGUCUCGGUUUUUGUCGCCUGGUACUUCUCGCUGAUCAUCGUCUUCGUGCUGCCAUUGGAUAUUUUUGAGACCCUUUACAACCGAUGUCAAACGCAACGUGUCAUUUUUGAGAAUUCGACGACGACCAAUGUCACCUUGGAAUGCGAAGAGCCGGGCGGUCUUGUCCCGAACGAUGCGCUUCUCUACAUGUGGCGGGUGGUCUACUGGACUGCGCAAAUCUUGUGCUGGCUCGCCCUCCCUUUGAUGCAGAGCUACGUGACAGCCGGCGAGUUUUCAGCUGGAGGCCGUUUGAAGGCGUCUCUAUGGAACAACGCAAUGUACUACCUCGCCUACUUCGUGAUCUUUGUCGUAUUCUUGGUGUACGCGGCGAUGAAGGGACUCUCGUUGAAUCGGGAGAGUCUGAUCAUCAUCGUGGUCUCCGCCUCAAAUACGUGGGGUCUGCUGUUGCUCGUCGUCCUGCUUGGCCACGGGCUCGUCGAUCUGCCGCGACAACUCUGGCAUACUGCAGCCACUGAGUAUCGCUUGAAUAAGACGUUUUUCGACGUCAACAAGCUCUCCGGGGACAAGCACGAGGCCGAGGAUGCGCUGAAGGAGGUCUACAGGGAAGCCAGAGCCGUGUUGAAUCUUGUCAAGAACGAGCACUCCUUACGCGGGAAAGCUCAAACAAUUGUCAGCAGAUUCCCGGAAGAGGUCGUCAAAGAGCUAUUCCCGAACAGAAGUGGUGCUGAUUUUGAGAGCAUGGGAGAAGCGGAUAGGGGCGCCGUUUCCGAUGAGAGAUAUUUGGUUCGGCUUCACAGCAAAGCCAUCGACACUGUCCACAUCUACCAAAGAACGGCGGCACAAUGGAGAUCCACCAUGGACCGGGCUCUCUGGCUAGAAGAGGUUCGAAAAGCCGAGCAAUCCGGCACCUUGCCCUUGGCCCCAAGUUCCGUCCCCGCCGAAGUGAGGCGCUUUUGGUAUGUGCGGGCCCGAAAACCAUGCACUCAGGCGCUCUCGCUGCUGCUGGCCGGGAUGACGUUGCUGAUCCUGGUGUCGGAAUGCACCUUCUUCAUCACGUCGAGAACCCUAUCCCCCGCUGCCCUGAUCAUCCAAGCGGCCGCCGAUGGGUUCCACUACAAAUACACGCAGCUUUUGUCGAUCGGUGUCGUCGGCUACCUGUGCGCGUGCGCGUAUUUUACCAUCUUCCGCUUGCGCAUCUACAGCUACUACCAUCUGGACAACCACGGGAACACCGAUGAGAACAGUCUGCUCUUCUCGGGGAUGCUCCUCUGCCGUCUCACCCCUCCGAUUUGCCUGAACUUCCUCGGGAUGAUCCACCUCGACUCCCAUGUGACACAGCAGAAAAACUUCGGCGUCGAGACGCAAUUCACAAGGCUAAUGGGCCAUCUCGAUCUGCUCCCCGUCGUCGCCAAGGGUAUCAACAUCUACCUGCCGAUGGCCAUCAUCGUCUUUUGCAUCCUCACGUACUAUAGACUUGGCACCCGGCUUCUCCACGCGAUGGGCAUCGACCAGUACGUUGCGGAUGAUCAGUUCUCGAUGGAGCUGGUGACAUCCGGGCGAGCGUUGGUGAAUCUGGAGCGAGGCCGACGGAGCCGGCUUGAGAAUCGCGAGGCGCGGACCUCGGCUUUUGCGCAGCGGGUUAAUGCGGCUGCAGAGCGUGUCCGCACCGGGCUUCAGCGUCAACUAUCCGAAGAACGACGCCCGAUCGUCGCCGACGAGGAGCUGGGCUACAGUGGUGAAGACACGGCAAUAAGAGACCCGUUCGCACGCCAUCCGGACAGCGCCCACUUCUUCGACGACUUG